AUGCAGAUGGGCCAGGCUGACUGGAAUUUCCUAGAACAAAAUAAGACUCUAACAGCCUCAAAGGAGAGGAGGAAAGAGGACGAUGUAGUGACCUUUUUAGAGAGUGGUCCACUGGGGCUGGAGGGCGAGGCCUGUCUAGAGUUUUGGUACUUAGCCCCGGUUGCAGCUAAUGGGACAGAACUCCGCGCUCAGCUGAAAAGCAGCGUGGGCCUGUCAGAAAUCUGGACCUCACCUGUCCUCCAAAGGGAUUCUUGGAGACAAGUGUUUGUCCCAUUGAACAUCAUCGAACCUGAGACUCAGUGCCCUAAGGGCCAAAUCUGCGGUCCUCAAACAGGAAGCUCCAGAGGGAUUUCUACCUCUGGGAUCUGCACUAUACACAGUCACACAGACUGCAGCACUUUUGAUGGAGUGCUGUUCCGCUUCAUGGACUCCUGCACCUACACGCUGGCUAAGACCUGCUCACCCUCUGACACCCUGCCAUUGUUCAGUGUGGAAGUGAUCAAUGAGCAGAACCGGAACUCAUCUCUGCCAACUGUUCAGCAGGUCAUUGUGGACAUGGGGAACCUCCGAGUGUCCCUGCUGAAAAGGCAGACACACCGCGUUGUGGUUAAUGGGGUCUGGAAGAAGAUUCCACUGCGCCUUGGCAAUGGCACGAUCAACAUCAAGAGCAACCCCGCUGCUGUUGAACUGGGAACCAGUUUCGGUCUUUCUGUCUCAUAUGACAACGCUGGUGCUGUCCAUGUCACGCUGCCAUCCACUUACUCUGAUAAAGUAUGUGGCUUGUGUGGAAACUUUAACCACCUCAGAGGAGAUGACUUCAGAAAGCCCGAUGGAACAAAUGCCCAAGAUGCUACAGCUUUGGCUGCGAGCUGGCAGACUGGGCAAACCACCUCCUCCUGUGAUACCAUUCUAGUACCGCAUCAGUGUGACCCACUGAAGGAGGUCGAGUAUGCCAGUGAACUGUACUGUGGAGGCCUCCUCUCUAGCACUGGGCCCUUUGCUGGCUGCCUAUCACUUAUUGGGGCAGAGAGCUACUUCAGGGCCUGUGUGGUUGGCAUGUGCUCUAGUCAUGGUGACCCAGCGGUACUCUGUGAUACAUUACAGGCCUACGCUGAUAUCUGCCAGGAGGCUGGAAUCGCCAUACCCAUUUUGAGGAACUCUACAUUCUGCCCCCUUCAAUGUGGUAACAACAGCCACUUUAACUCUUGUGCUGAUGGCUGUCCUGAGGUGUGCUCCAGUUUGGAGAUAGUUGGCUCCUGUGGAAGCUGUGAGGAAAGAUGCGAGUGUGACUCUGGCUUUAAACUCAGUGGGGGAAAGUGCGUCCAAGCAGAGGACUGUGGCUGCUGGUAUAAUGGAAAACACUAUGAGAAAGGAGCAAUAUUCUCGGACGGAGAGUGUGUGCAGCAGUGUCAGUGCGUGGGAAAUAAUGAGGUGCACUGCACAACAAUGCAAUGCGCAGACGAUGAGGUUUGUAAGGUCAAGGAUGGGGCCAAAGGUUGCUUCCCUUUCAAACCCGCCACCUGCAGCGUGUAUGGGGACCCACACUAUAUCACCUUUGACGGGAUGGCAUAUGACUUUCAAGGUGGCUGCAGUUACACGCUGACUACGACGUGCGGACGAGAAAGCUCAGUCCAGUUCAGCGUCAUUGGCCACAACAUGCAUCCUCCGCUUCAGCAUUUCACCCGAUCCAAGCUGGAAGCUGUGUCUCUUCAGGUUGACGAUCUAUACGUCACUCUGAAUCAGAGCGGGGAAGUGAAUAAUAAAAGAGUCCAACUCCCCUAUUCCAGCAAUGGUAUGUACGGCUCAGUAUUGGUCUACCUGAAGAAGAAUUAUAUUCUCUUGGAGACGACCUUUGGCCUCAGAAUGAUGAUAGAUGAGCAGAACAGACUCUUCCUGAAGGUGGAUGAACGCUACAAGUAUGAACUGUGUGGACUGUGUGGCACCUACUCUGAACACCAGGAUGAUGACUUUGUUACACCAGGAGGCCAAAAUGCUACUGGGCCAUUUGAGUUUGGUGACAGUUGGAAGGUACCAGGCACUAAUAAGUGUAUUUCCCAUCCAGAUGAUCCCAGACUAUGUGACUAUGAUGAAGAGAACGAGGCCUACAAUGAAUGUUACACCCUACUAGGGGAGAACUUCAAGCCCUGCCAUGAAACCAUUCAUCCAAGCAUCUACCUCAACAGUUGUGUGUAUGACUACUGCGCCACACUUGGUGACCAACACACCCUAUGUGAAUCUCUCAAGUCCUAUGCAGCAGCAUGCCAGGUUGCAGGAGUGGAGCUGCCCCACUGGCAGACAGACACAGCCUGUGUCUGUCCCAUAAACUGUGACUUUGAAAAAAGUCUGUGUGGGUGGGAGCAGCUGGUACAGGACAGUUUUGAUUGGACAAGGCAUUCAGGACCCACACCAUCAAGCUCAACUGGCCCAAACCAAGACCACACCACUGGAGCUGGUUUCUAUAUGUAUAUUGAGGGAAAUAAUGUAACCCAUGGAGAUUCAGCUCGUCUAUGGAGCUCAAUGUGCCAUUAUGAUGGCCCACUCUGCCUGCACUUCUGGUACCAUAUGUAUGGUUCAGCUACAGCCAUGGCCCUCAAUAUCUACCUGCUCAAAGACAAUAAAAUUACCAAGCUCUGGUCCAAGAUGAACAACCAAGGGCCAGAAUGGUAUCCAGGAUAUGUUGACAUCAAAGUGGCUGGUGCAUUCCAAAUUAUAGUGGAGGGAAUUAGAGGCUCUGAUGCUCAAUCAGAUGUGGCCAUCGAUGACAUUUCCAUGAACUUUGGAUCAUGCUCAGGUAGCUUCCCUGAUCUGGUUAGUGGAACCAAGUUUCCUUCCACAAGUGCGGAAGUCCUCCCCUCACACCCAGAUGGCCAUUAUCUUUACAUCGAGGCCAGCAGUGUGACCCAUGGAGACACGGCUCGUCUCAUCAGCUCUGAGUGCUCCGACUCUGGUCCUAAGUGUCUGCAGUUCUGGUACCAUAUGUACGGUUCAGCCGACACAAUUGGGCCUCCAUAUCUGAGUGGUGCUGUGGCAACAAGACCUCCUAAACCUGAUGGAAACACAGCUCCUUCAAGUGUCCCUGUGCCAACCACUGCAGCUCCAGAGCCUCCUCUGGUCAAUGUUACUGCCCAGCUCCCCGUUACAGCACAGCCCCCUGUAGCAAAUGUCACCAUACCUUCCGUAGUGGAAGCAACAACAACGUUUAAUAAAGUGAAUGUUACUGAAGAUUCAGAUAACAGACCACCACAUUCAGUAUGCCAACUUGACUGCAAUUUUGAAAAAGAUCUAUGUCAGUGGGACCAACUUCUUACUGAUGUUUUUGAUUGGACAAGACAUAGUGGCUCCACUCCUACUAUGAUGACUGGGCCCUCUUCGGAUCACACCACAAGAGAUGGCAACUAUCUUUACAUCGAAGCCAACAGUGCGUCACAUGGAGACACGGCUCGUCUCAUUAGCUCUGAGUGUUCCGACUCUGGUCCUAAGUGUCUGCAGUUCUGGUAUCAUAUGUACGGUUCAGCCGACACAAUGGGCCUCCAUGUGUACCUGCUCCAAGACAGAUUAGCCGAUGCUGUUUGGUGGAAGAGAAAUGACCAAGGAAAUGUGUGGCAACUGGCUCAGGUGGACAUCACAACAACUGGAGCUUUCCAGGUCAUAUUUGAGGGGCGAAGAGGUUCCAACGAUCAGUCUGAUGUUGCAAUAGAUGAUGUAUCACUUAAUCGUGGGCACUGCACAGACCACAACCUCCAACCGAAACUCAGCCACAAACAACAGUCAAACCACAUCCACCUACCACAGCUCAACCACAGCCACAAACAACAGUCAAACCACAACCACCAACCACAGCUCAACCACAGCCACAAACAACUGUCAAACCACAACCACCAACCAAAGAUCAACCACAGCCACAAACAACAGUCAAACCACAUCCACCUACCACAGCUCAACCACAGCCACAAACAACAGUCAAACCACAACCACCAACCACAGCUCAACCACAGCCACAAACAACUGUCAAACCACAACCACCAACCACAGAUCAACCACAGCCACAAACAACAGUCAAACCACAUCCACCUACCACAGUUAAACCACAGCCACAAACAACAGUUAAACCACAACCACCAACCACAGCUCAACCACAGCCGCAAACAACAGUCAAACCACAUCCACCUACCACAGCUCAACCACAGCCACAAACAACAGUCAAACCACAUCCACCUACCACAGCUCAACCACAGCCACAAACAACAGUCAAACCACAACCACCAACCACAGCUCAACCACAGCCACAAACAACUGUCAAACCACAACCACCAACCACAGAUCAACCACAGCCACAAACAACAGUCAAACCACAUCCACCUACCACAGUUAAACCACAGCCACAAACAACAGUUAAACCACAACCACCAACCACAGCUCAACCACAGCCGCAAACAACAGUCAAACCACAUCCACCUACCACAGCUCAACCACAGCCACAAACAACAGUUAAACCACAACCACCAACCACAGCUCAACCACAGCCACAAACAACAGUCAAACCACAUCCACCUACCACAGCUCAACCACAGCCACAAACAACAGUCAAACCACAACCACCAACCACAGCUCAACCACAGCCACAAACAACUGUCAAACCACAACCACCAACCACAGAUCAACCACAGCCACAAACAACAGUCAAACCACAUCCACCUACCACAGUUAAACCACAGCCACAAACAACAGUUAAACCACAACCACCAACCACAGCUCAACCACAGCCCUCAACCACAGCCACAAACAACAGUCAAACCACAUCCACCUACCACAGCUCAACCACAGCCACAAACAACAGUUAAACCACAACCACCAACCACAGCUCAACCACAGCCACAAACAACAGUUAAACCACAACCACCAACCACAGCUCAACCACAGCCACAAACAACAGUUAAACCACAACCACCAACAACAGUUAAACCACAACCACCUACCACAGCACAACCACAGUCACAAACAACAGUCAAACCACAUCCACCUACCACAGCUCAACCACAGCCACAAACAACAGUUAAACCACAGCCACAAACAACAGUUAAACCACAACCACCAACCACAGCUCAACCACAGCCACAAACAACAGUCAAACCACAGCCACCAACCACAGCUCAACCACAGCCACAAACAACAGUCAAACCACAACCACCAACCACAGAUCAACCACAGCCACAAACAACAGUCAAACCACAUCCACCUACCACAGCUCAACCACAGCCACAAACAACAGUCAAACCACAACCACCAACCACAGCUCAACCACAGCCACAAACAACAGUCAAACCACAUCCACCUACUACAGCUCAACCACAGCCACAAACAACAGUCAAACCACAACCACCAACAACAGCUCAACCACAGCCACAAACAACAGUUAAACCACAACCACCAACCACAGCUCAACCACAGCCACAAACAACAGUCAAACCACAACCACCAACCACAGUUCAACCACAGCCACAAACAACUGUCAAACCACAACCACCAACCACAGCUCAACCACAGCCACAAACAACUGUCAAACCACAUCCACCUACCACAGUUAAACCCCAAACCACGACAGCUACAUCAGAGCCUACAACAACAUUGAGACCACAACCCACAACAACAGCUGGACCACAACCAACAACAACUAUUAAACCACAUUCGACAACAGGGAGACCUCAGACUACAACUACAUCACGAUCUACAACAACAGGGAGACCAAAACCACCAAUUACACCUGUACCAACCCCCUCUUGUGCAGAGAACAGUCAUCACACCACUUGUGUCCCUACUUGCAGUCCAACCUGUACACACCUGAAUGGCCCACCACGCUGCAGUAACGAUGAGGGUUGUGUGCAGGGAUGUGUAUGUGAUGAAGGCUUUGUGCGGAAAGGGAGGGUUUGUGUGCCUAUCCAACAAUGUGGAUGUGUGGACAGGAAUGGCACCAAACAUCAUUUCGACGAAGUGUGGUACUCAAAUCACUGCGGUCAGAAAUGUGAAUGUGAGGAAGAUGAUGGCGUGGGGAAGAUUGACUGCGAUGACGAAGAGGAGUGUGAUGGAAAUGCUGUCUGCCUUCAAAAUGAGGAGGGCGAUUAUUACUGCCAGCCUACAGGCUUCAGUGAGUGCACUAUCAGGGGAGACCCUGAGUACAGAACCUUUGAUAAAAUGAAGCACGACUUUGAAGGUGACCACUCAUAUGUGCUGGUCCGGACCAACAACUUGCCAGAUAACCUUCCACAAGUCUACAUCGAGGGCAUCAAUACCGUAGAGGACGAGGAUGAUAGUCAGCAUCAUGAUGACAGUAGCAGUGAAGAAGACCAAAGUCGUAGAGUUAGGGAUGAAGAUGACGAUGAUGAUGAAGAAGAUGAUGAUGAUAGCAAUCACAAUGAUGAGUCCAGUGAAGAGCAUAAGGAACACUACAGAUUACGAGAGCUUAAGAUCAGAGUGUACGAUCACAUUGUGGUAUUCAAGAAAAAUCGGAGGCUGGUCGUGGAUGGAAGGAGAACUAAUAUUCCCGCCACACCGACUGCUGGUCUACACAUCUGGGAGCAUUCCUCUCGCAUCUACCUGAAGACCGACUUUGGCCUCUCGGUGUCGUUUGAUGGACACAGCAAAGCAGAGAUCAUUCUACCACGCAUAUAUAAAAGGAAGCUAGGGGGUCUGUGUGGGAACUUUGACGGUCAUAAACAGAACGACUGGACGAAGCCAGACGGUACCAGGGCCAGGAGUGUUCAAGAGUUUGGAGAGAGCUGGAGAGUGUGAAGAUCACAUGGAUGUAAGGAUUAGACAUGGCACUUAAAAAUACCCUGAGGAAGUUUUGAUACUGCAACUGCACCCUAAUACCUUAUAAAAUAAGAACAGACCAAAUGAAUGCUAAUCUCAGUCUUUCCUUAGACAGCAUAUUAUUUCCCAAACCUACGCUGCCAAAACAUAACUUGGCAUGAACAUACGAAGCAAUGAAGCUUUCUUUACCUCCAGCUCUGCAGGACAAUAAAUACCGGACGAUGAUAACGUUUUAAUGUUAUACACAAAGUAUAUCCUAAUAAAAAAUGUUACCCACAGUGCAGAAAAGUUACUCGCCUUUCUAAAAUCUCUAACAUCUUUAUAAUCUUUGCACUCUGUGACAAUAUAUCACACUUUACUGUUUGUGUUAUUGCCAAGCAUACUAUUGAUGUUCUUACAGCGGUUCAUAUACUGUAUGAUAAAUAAUGAUUAUGCAUGACUACAAAUGGAUGUAUGUAUCACUCUCCAAUACUGUUGGAAAGAAACUCAUUAUGUUACUUUCACUUGGCCAUAAUGUGUAUUUGAAU